GUGCCUAUCUUGUGCCAUACUUAAUCUUGCUACUAAUAGUAGGGAUUCCACUCUUUUUCUUGGAGCUUGCUGUGGGGCAGAGGAUCCGCCGAGGGAGUAUUGGUGUAUGGAAUUAUAUCAGCCCCAAACUCGGAGGAAUUGGAUUUGCAAGCUGUGUAGUGUGUUUCUUUGUGGCCCUGUACUACAAUGUCAUUAUUGGAUGGAGUCUGUUUUACUUUUCCCAGUCUUUUCAGCAUCCAUUACCAUGGGACCAGUGUCCUUUAGUUAAAAAUACAUCUCAUACCUUUGUGGAGCCAGAGUGUGAAAAAAGUUCUGCAACCACUUACUACUGGUACAGAGAAGCACUGAAUAUUUCGAGCUCUCUGUCAGAAAGUGGAGGUUUAAACUGGAAGAUGACUAUCUGCUUGCUGGCUGCCUGGGUCAUGGUAUGCCUAGCCAUGAUCAAAGGCAUUCAGUCCUCAGGCAAAAUCAUGUAUUUUAGUUCCCUUUUUCCUUAUGUGGUACUUUUAUGCUUUCUGAUCAGAGGACUGCUCCUUAAUGGGUCAGUGGAUGGAAUUCGUCACAUGUUCACACCUAAGCUUGAAAUAAUGCUGGAGCCCAAGGUCUGGAGAGAAGCUGCUACUCAGGUGUUCUUUGCCUUAGGGCUUGGAUUUGGUGGAGUCAUUGCCUUUUCAAGCUACAACAAGAGAGACAACAACUGCCAUUUUGAUGCUGUACUGGUGUCCUUCAUCAAUUUUUUCACUUCUGUGCUGGCAACUUUGGUGGUGUUUGCAGUUCUGGGCUUCAAAGCCAAUAUCAUAAAUGAAAAAUGUGUUAUCCAAAAUUCAGAGAAGAUUUUAAAACUUCUGAAAAUAGGCAGUCUGAGCCAGGAUAUGAUCCCACAUCAUAUCAAUUUCUCAAGCAUUACAGCAGAAGAUUACAAUUUAGUUUAUGACAUUAUUCAGAAAGUUAAAGAAGAAGAGUUUGAUUCUCUUGGUCUGAAAUCUUGUCAAAUUGAAGAUGAACUUAACAAGGCCGUUCAAGGAACUGGUUUAGCUUUUAUUGCCUUUACAGAAGCAAUGACCCACUUCCCUGCUUCUCCAUUCUGGUCAGUCAUGUUCUUCCUCAUGUUAGUAAAUUUGGGACUUGGAAGUAUGUUUGGAACCAUUGAAGGCAUCAUCACACCCAUUGUUGAUACCUUCAAAGUCAGGAAAGAAAUUCUUACUGUCAUCUGCUGCUUGGUAGCAUUUUUGAUUGGGCUGAUUUUCGUGCAGCGCUCUGGAAAUUAUUUUGUGACGAUGUUUGAUGACUACUCAGCUACUCUGCCACUGCUUAUUGUGGUCAUUUUGGAGAAUAUUGCAGUCACCAGAAUUUAUGGAAUAGACAAGUAAGUGAAGGAAAU